GUGCUAGAGAAACACAGGACUCCCCUUGGUAUCAUGAAAGCAGCUCUUUCUACCGGAGCCUGUUCAGCAGCUCAAUUUCAUCGAUCAAUCUCGUCAACUUGGUCCUGAGCACUCAGUGUCGAUUUUAUCGCCUGCAAAAUGCUGCGCUCAGGUGCUUCGCGUUUAGCGUCUUCGUCGUUCAUGACGCCAAUGAUCCGCCCAACAUCAACAGCCCUUAAUCGUUCAGUCUCAGUGCAAUGGAAUGCAAAAUUAACCUCCAUGGCUACCCAGCGGCCUCGGCUGGCGCCAAUGGCGCGAUUAGGCCCCUUACAGGCCACCCUCAGGAGGCGCACGAUGGCGGACAAGAUUGAUCGCGAAGCCGAGAAGAAGUAUGCUCAUGAGAAGUUAGAGCCUACUCCGGAGACGGUCACUUCCUCAUCAACAAUGCAGCCGGUCUUCGGAGGCAAAAGCGCUGGCAAGCCUCUUUCAAUGCCAGAGCCGGACAUGACGGCUGGACUCAGAGGUGACAUUAAAACGAUCCGAGACACCUUCGAUUUGAGCGAGGUCCCGAGGCAGGCCUAUUACAUUGGUUUGGCAGGCGUUCUGCCCUAUCUUGCUACCUGCCUCUCCACGGUUGCUUGCGCGUAUGAUAUAAACCAUGACGGGUAUGGGUACUUUCUAAGCGCGAAAAAUGCGGAAACCCUGCUUCACAUCCUGGAGCCCAUACAGAUCGGAUAUGGAGCGGUGAUUCUCUCUUUCCUGGGAGCGAUCCAUUGGGGGCUCGAAUUCGGAGGAUACGGCGGUUACCACGGAUACCGGCGUUACGCAAUUGGUGUUAUCGCUCCCGCCGUCGCUUGGCCAACCAUGCUCAUGCCCGUGGAAUACGCCCUGAUCAGCCAGUUCUGUGCAUUCAUGGGGCUCUACUACGUCGACACCAAAGCCACGGCUCAGGCAUGGACGCCACCCUGGUACGCAAUCUAUCGUUUUGUGUUGACGGGCAUCGUCGGCGCCAGUAUCGCCAUUAGCCUGAUGGGAAGAGGCGAGGUAGCGGAUAAGCUGUCACCUAUUCCUGGAGCAGUGGAUAGAAUUAAGACGCUUAGGGAGGGCGCAGGGGAAGAGUUGGCGAAGCAUGAAGAGGCUCUGCGGGUACAGAACGCAGCUAAACAAGCGGAGUCGGAGGGCGGCGAGGGCAGGAAGAGCAGAGCGACAUGAGCUCUGCCGCAUUCUGUUGAAAAUGGAGGUUUGCCAUUCUAAUCAAGUUUCCACGGUUUUCAGGGCUGAAGGGUUAUGGUCGGGUUGAGGGUGGACGCGCCAGUUUCGAACUUUCUGCCGUCCAAGGGUACUGCGAGGCGCUAGCUAGUCCGUCUCCUCCUCUUCUGACCAUAUUUCCAAUGAUCUGGCUCCGGUUCUUCUCUCUGCGUGAUUGCUUCUUUCGCCCUUCCUUUCUUCCUUUCGCUCUAGUUCUCUGUCAAGGUUUGGGCAUGUACUGUACCCUCUCACAUCCGACUGAACAUCCCUUUGUACUGCUGCUCUGAGUUAGAUCACCUAAUUCAAGCAUUUCAAUUAGCCACGAUCUAGUUUACCCCGCUAGAGCACGGUGCUUUGAGGCUGAUCGUACCUGGACAGAGGCGCUGUCAGGCAUAUUACAUACAGUGUCAGCUAUACCCCUGCGACCCCUUGCUGCUCGGUCGGAC